AUGAGAAAGCCUCUUUUAUAUGCUGCGGUUUUAUUAUGGAUGGUGCCUGAUUUAUUAUUAGGAAAAACAUAUACUAAUAAAGGAGUCACUACUUCAAAAUUAGACUGCUCUUCCUCUAAAUCUUUUUUAAAUGAGGCCAUAAUCAAGCUAUAUCUUUCCGUGGGAAACUUGGAAGUCAAAUGUUUUUUCAUGCCUGGAAUAAAAAUUAAUGAAAAUAGAAAUGAAACUAUUCAUCUGUUCGUAUCAAGAGGACUUGCACCCAGCUUGACAGUUACAAACAGCACUUAUGCUGGCACCUUUUACUUUAAUUUGUCAUUGGAAAGUGAAAUCCCUUCUUGGAUUAUAAAAAUUCCCAGAGAAGCUAUCUCACGAAAUAAAGGUAUUACUCCAGUAGAACAAUGGUUUGUCACCCUUUCACUUCAAGAGGGAUUAGAAACUUUUACUGCUGAAGGAACCCUAUUGGAUCUUCUCAGAGAGCCUAUUCUUCAGUGGAAAAUUGGAAAAGUCUUGCCCAUGAAAAGAUUUUUUCCAUUCCUUGACCAUGUGAAACGUAUCAUUAUUACAAGAUCUCCAUGUGCUAAUGAUGUAGCAGUAGUUGGUCUCAAGUGUACUUCCCAUUGUCUUGGUAUUUACAUAGGCGUGAGUUCUUCUGGAUUUUGGCAUGAAAAUGAUACCAAAUGGUACAAUGCGACAGAGAAUAUCUGCGUUGACCUGGAUGAAGACUGUGUAGUUUCUACAAUUAUAGAAAUGAUUUUAACAAACCAUUUCUUAGUGAUCCUCACAUCAAUGGGGCUUUAUGUAAGUUCUGAUCUUCGUUAUCCAAAGGAUCAGUUAAGGUUCACAAGAGUACAAUUUUGUGGUUUUGACACGGCAGAUUUUCUUAUAGCAAAACUUUGGUAUAAUGAAAGAUGUCUAGCUAAUAAAGAAAACUUUGAAGAUGAUUACCUUGCUAUCACUUUUGAAAAAAGUAGGAGCAUAACUCAGACAGAUACUUGUUUCUAUAGUAAAGAUCCAUUUAAAAGCUGGAAAGGUUGCAUACCCAAUGCUAAAAGAGCUAGAAGCAGAAGAAUUUCCAUUCGACUGGUGUCAUUUCUUAUUGACCAAGAAAUGGAUACUGCAGUCUACCUUUUAAGAGACAAGAAACAAUGUUACGUUGCUGUGAGGGGUUUGGCCAAAGGAGAACCAAAGCUGAGAAUGAAAUUUCCCAAUUUUAUGUUUCCUCAAACUUUUUAUCCUGCUACUGGAAUGGCUUUCCAUCCUAGGAGUCACUUUCUGUAUGUUUAUGGCAAUCAGGUCUGGCUUUCAUAUGAUGGAGGUAACAGUUUUGAGAUAGUGGCCAAUUUUGAGAAUGAAAUCAUAAUGUGGAGCUACCAUAGUUUCCAUACUUCAUCUAUUAUCUUUCUUUCUAAUUCUACAACAUUAUAUUAUUCUAAGGCAGGAUUACAUUCUUAUAAGAAAAUGGGACAAAGCAGAUUUCAUCCUGUUGGUGUGUACUUUGACCAUGUGGGAAGUGACACUUUAGUUUAUCUAACUAAUUCCAGUUUGGAUGGUAUAGCGGUUACUGUUGCAUUUAGUAAUAAUUCACUCAUACAGGUUGAAGAAGAUAUAAAAUUUAAAACUGCAUUAGCUCCACAGUACAUCACAACGACUCAAGUGUUAUUCUUUGCAUAUGUACCCAAGAAUUCUCCAGCAGCUUUGAGUCAUGACUUACAAUUUCGUGAACGUCAUGUUGGCAGAAGACUCCAGUUAAAAUCUAUUGGAUUUGCUGAAAUACUGAAGCUAAUGACACAUGAAGAAAUUGAAGGCUUUCCAAGUUCAGUGCUUACAAAUUUACAAAGUCCUUUUGAAAUUGAAACUCCAACGAUGAGUCCUAGUUUAGCCUCUGCUAUUAGGAUAGAAAAACAUUCAAAUAUCUUAUUUAAAAUUAUUCUUACUUCUGGUAAGUUUGCCUUUAAGUAUUUGGUCGAGUUUUGCAUAUCUGAUCAUUGUAUUCGGAAAUAUCAAGUACCACGAAUAAAAGCUAUCACUGGACAACCAUAUUUGAUGGAUAUAAACACACGUGUAUAUUGGGAUGAAACUGACAGUUACACACUUGAUCUUAAUAUUGUAAAUAGAUAUCUCAGAAAAGGAAUCACUUCAAUUUCCUUUGUAAUCUGGCAGUCAACAGUUCUGUGUGAUACACCAGUAAUUAUCUUAACACUGAAGAGCAGCUGUAGUUAUAGUAAAUACAUGAGUUAUGUGCCUAAGUAUGCAAUAAAAAGAGAGGACUGGGACUAUGGACAACAUAAAGAUGAACGUGGUUUCAACAUGAUUAAAACUUUGCCGAAAAACUACAGGCCACCAUCCAAUAUGGGAAUAGCCAUCCCACUCACGAAUAACUUUUACAAUGCAGAUCCCAGCAAACCCAGGCCAAGGAAUUAUCAUCCUCUAUCAAAAAAAACGGGCAUAUAUAAGCAGUGUUUAAACAAGACCACUAGAGAAGAGUGUAAGUGUACUAAGGAACAAAAGGAUUCUGAAAGCAUAGCCUUCUCAGACUGCAAGGAAAAGGUUGCCCGUUUUCUGUAUCCAGUUUCACAAUAUCCUAUCCUUUUGCACAUCAAGUCUGAAGAACUCUCCAUCCCAAUGGACAUUCCAUAUCUUGUUACCAUAUCUGAAGUGAAUGAUAGGAAAAACUGGAACCUCAGACAAACAGUGAAAAAUGAGAUGAAAAGAAUGAAAAGCCAUGUAGAAUCAUUGUUUACAGAUGCUGUGUAUAAUCCAAAUGGUCUCAAGCUGAGCAUUACUGGUUCUGAGUUAUUCCAUUUCAGAGUGAAAGUUAUUCCAGGAGUUACCUUUUGUAAUUUAGUUGAUGAGUUUCAGAUUUAUGUUGAUAGUGCACCACUUCCAUUUCCAGGAAGAGUGCUUGUUGCAUCUCUUACAGCUGUAGUCAUAGGAGGAAUAAUUUUAAUGGUAUUUAUGGUGGAAUUAUUUAAUAUCAAUAUAUGGGUGUCAUUUAAAAAUUUGUUUAAGAAAAAGAACAAAGUCGUAGCUGAAAAAACUACUGGUGAACAAGGAUAA